AUGGAUAUCCACCGUUGCCGUUUCGUUUCCUACAACCCGCAGGCGAUCAAUGCACUUGCAUUCUCGCAUCCUCCGUCAGCAGACCUGGCUGGACGUGGCACUCCAACCCUCCGACUUGCGAUCGGCCGUGCGAAUGGCGAUAUCGAAAUCUGGAACCCGAUGCGCGGUGCCUGGUUCCAAGAAACUGUGAUGCGUGGAGGCAAGGACCGCAGCAUUGAAGGACUCGCAUGGACCCUGGAUCCCCAGGAGGACGGGCCCGAAAACGUCAAAUUGCCGGGCAAGCUGCGUUUGUUCAGCAUUGGAUACUCCACCGCCGUCACCGAAUGGGAUCUCGAGAAUGGUCGCCCGCUGCGCCAUUCCAGUGGAAACUAUGGCGAGAUUUGGUGUCUUGCUGCGCAGCCGCGCUGGCAGGCACCCAAAGGCAAGACUGGACCCGCUGAGGGCGAGUACACGGGCCAGCACCUUGCUGCAGGAUGUGCAGAUGGUUCAAUUGUGAUCCUGUCUACUGCUGAUAAUGACCUUAAGUUCCAAAGAUUGAUGCGCCCUUCAACAAAACGAGCGCGGGUCUUGAGCGUAACCUUCCAGAACCGCAAUACUAUCGUCGCUGGAUACGCUGAUAGUUCUAUUCGCCUCUUUGAUAUUCGCACUGGUUCACAGCUCCGCACGAUCUCUCUGGGCAAGGGUCCCAGUGGUGGUCCCAAGGAGUUGCUGGUUUGGUCUGUCAAGUGUCUUCCGGAUGGCACUAUUGUCUCCGGUGACUCGGCAGGUGAAAUUCGUUUUUGGGAUGCAAAGAACUAUUCUCUCAUUCAACGGAUACAAGGUCAUCUUGCCGACACACUUGAUGUGGCAGUAAGUUCCAACGGAGAUACUGUCAUUAGUGGAGGAGCCGACCAGAGGACGGUGGUCUACCGCAAGAAGGAAGGCGAGAAGGGCGAUAAGAAGGGUCGCUGGGCCGAGAUUAUGCACCGUCGCUACCACACUCACGAUGUCAAGACAUUUGCUGUCUACGAGACAAAAGAUAUCAGUAUUGCUGUAUCUGGAGGUCCUGAUGCGACACCUAUCGUUCUUCCUCUGCGUGAAUUCGGAAAGGAGCACCACCGCAAGCUCUCCAGCUUACCGCAAAUCCCGCAACUUACCUCUGCUCCGUCCGCCCGUCUGGUUAUGAGCUUCUGGGAUAGAGAAGUGAGCCUGUGGCGUGUAUCUCGAGGCCCUGCAUCACCGCAAGAGAACAUUGAUGGUCAACGGCACAGACUUGUUGGAAAGGUUCUGAUCCAAGGAGAGGAAAACAUUUCCUCGGCGAUGCUAUCUCUGGACGGCAAAACCCUUGCUGUUGCAACCAUUGGUGAAGUCAAGCUGUUUUCUCUGCGUCGGCGGAAGGGCGAUGAGAAGGGUACUCUGCGUGUUCAGAAGAUUGAAGUUCCCAAAGAGCUGUCCAACGAAGGUGCCCGCCUUGUGUCUAUUUCUCCCGAUGGCCGAUGGCUGUCUAUCGUCCGUCCAAACAGUGAAAUAUAUAUGGCACGAAUUCAGCCCAACCCUGCAUCCACCGAAAAAGCACAGGUGGUCCCACAAUUCGCAAAGCUGAAGAGAGCUACACGGCAUGUACGACACGAAAAGGCCUCCCACGGAACACUGGGCGACUAUGAGAGAACGAUACGAUCAGUGGUAUUUUCCGAAGAUAGCCAGCUUCUGGCAUGUGGUGAUAUUUCUGGUUGUGUCGACACAUGGGUGUUGAAUACAGAGACAGAAUCAGCAAACCGUGCCGUCAAGCGUAAUACAACCUCCGAUUCCGACGACGACGACUCAUCCGAUGACGAAGACGAGGAUAUCGCGAUUGAGGGAGAGCGCUGGACCACUGCUGCCGCUGAUUCACCAAUUCCCCGUAUGAAGUCCGGCAUCACUUUGUUGUCCUUCCGCCCUAAGGCCGCGCCCACACAAAAGCUUCUGGCCAACGGCACGCAUCAGGCCGGCCAAGACCGCCUGAUGGUCCUCACAAGUGAGCAUCAGCUCGUCGAGUUCGACGCCCGAGAUGGCACCUUGUCCGACUGGUCAAGACGCAACCCUAAGGCAUAUCUCCCUGCAGAAUUCCGUGGCGUUAAAGACCGAGCUAUGGGCUGUAUGUGGGAUCUCUUCGAAGGCCGCGAGCGUCUUUGGCUUUAUGGAGCAUCAUGGUUGUGGAUGUUCGAUCUGCUCCAAGACUUCCCCUCCCCAGAGGAAGUUGAAGCCGGUGCCGCCGGCACCGAAGGAGGCAAGACAGCAGGCCAGCUUGCCAAGGCAUCAAAGCGAAAGCGCGAUACCAUCGACGACGACGAGGACGAGCGAAGAAAACACAACACCGGUGCCGGAGACCGAAUCCACGCGUCAAAGAUGGACGUCCACUUUGGCACCAAGGUCCGCAAAAUCGUCGGCAGCGACGAAUCGCAAGGCGAAUGGGUCGCGCUGGACAAGGAGCGCACUCGUGUUCCGGGUGAAGACGACGAAGCCUACGAGUAUGACGAUGCUUUCGCUGCCACCAACGAGACAGCCCUGGCCCGUCUACGACGUGGUGACGGAGCUGCGUCGGAAGCCGAAACUCCCAAGAAGGGCUCACAAAAACGCGUUGGUGCUAAUGGCGCUAGCGAGACCCCAAAGAAGCAGCUGGCUGAGGUCAAUGGCGCCUCGGCUCAGCCCACUCGUCGAUGGUGGCACACCUACAAGUACCGUGAUAUCCUCGGCAUUGCUCCUCUCAACACUUUGUCGGGCGAUAGUUCUGACGAGGGCCCUGGUGGUAACCUGGAAGUCGCGGUGGUGGAACGCCCUAUGUGGGAUGUUGAGCUGCCUGGUCGUUAUGUCAAGGACUACGAGUGA